GCGGGGCCUGUGUGUGUGUGUGUGUAUCGGUGAGGAGCUGUAACUCUGGCCGGGCUGUGUGUUUAAAGUCCGGGCUGCUGUUUCUGCGGCUUUACGCGGGAGUGAUCGGACUGUAUGAGCGGAUCCAGCGGGCGGUGAAUCUGAGAGCUGCUUCAGGCAGGAUGUCCGCUCCAUGGCAGCAGCAGCCGCCUAUGGCUGCUUUCUCCACGGAUACCCACAUCGACUCCAGCUCCCGGAGGAGGAAGGCCCGCAUGAGCUCUCAGAACUGGAUGAAGCAGGAGAGCGACACCGAGAUCAUCCAGUGGCAGACCAUGACCUCGGGAGUGGGCAGCGACUCGGAGCAGGACAACACGCCGAGCAGCGCCGUCUCCACAGUGACUCCAAUGGAGGGCUUGCCCCCGAGUGUAAUGCUGACCAUCACUAAACUGCAGUGUCUGCUGGAGAGCAAACAGGAGAAGAUAGAGUCUCUGGAGCGUCAGGUGGAGGAUCUGCAGCAGGACCGAAAGUUCCUCCGGCAGCAGAUAGAGAACCUGACCAGCUCACGCUCUGGCCCUGCUCCAGAAGCAAGCAAGUCUGUCUACACUGAACCCAAAGCCCAUAAGCGGCAGCGGACGGCGUCUUCCAGCUCCAGCCUCUGUAAUGAGAGUGGAUCAGACGGGUCAUUCUCUUCCGCAUCAUCAGCAGCUUCUGAGAGAAAGAGACGCCACAAGGAGAAGAAGAAAGGAAAGAAGGGCAAAGACUACGGCAGGAAGAGAGCGACGGGCGUGCAGUACGUCAUCCACCGCUACAAGCAGGUCCUCUCAGCCUUCAACAAGAAGAAGAGCAUGAGUGGAGCCUUCAGGCAUCACGGCAUCGACCGGAACACCAUCGCCAACACGGCGCCCAUAGCCGAGCUCCACCUGGCCGCUAAAGAGGCCGUUCCUCUGGUGGGUCAGUUCCGGCCGCGGGAGGAGACGCUAGUGAACUAUGCUCAGCGCUGCGCUCUGGCCAUCGAGACGGACGAGGAACUGUCCAGAAAGAUCGAGCAGAUGAAGGCCAACGGAGAGCUGCUGCCCAUUUCUGCAAAGAGGGCCAGGGUCCACACUCUACUGUGCCAGUAGAGGGAGCUGGAGGACUGUGGAUCAGUGUUUGUCGGCCGUGGUCCUGGAGUACCUGGAGUUCUGCAGGGUUUGGUGGCGGUGCUUUUUAGUUUGUUUCUUUUGUUUGUUUGUUUAUUUAUUUCUAAUCUGAUUAUUUUAACCAAUUAACUAAUUUGUUAAUUAUAGUGCAUCCCCAAUUAUUUAUAAAGUAUAAUCUGAAUGGGCCUCAUUCACCAAUAUCAACAUUCACCAUGGAGUUUGAAGUUUUCUGAGGGUGUACUCACACUACAGACUCACACUAGGCCUUAUUGACUGGUACUGUGCCAAAACCUGAUUGUUCCCCCUCUUCAAUUAAUUAGCUGCUGACCUGUGCUUAUUCUGGUCUUAAUUGGCUCUUAAUGGGUUAAUAGGCAUAUUUUAAUAGGCAGAAUUAAAUUAAAAUAAGCCUCCAUCUGAUCUGGCUUAUCUGAAAACUCUGAUAAUGAAGUCUGAAUGCUAACAGAUUUAAUAAAUAAUAUUAAAAAGAAAAACAAUACAUGCAUUUUGCCAACGAUACAAAUGCUUCUAAAAUGUGUGGUUGGUGUGGCGCAGUGGAUAACACCACCACCUGUUUAAAAACUACCACAUCAUAUGGUAGACUGAGGUUCAAAUCCAAUAAGAGUCCUUUGGCUAGACUCCUAACACAACGUUGGCUCACCUAUGUAUUAGGAAUGAUGUUAAAAGUCACUCUUGAUUAGAGUGGUUUAAUGCAGUGUAGAAGAAUUAUGUUUUCACACAAUUUUAAUAAUAUUUAGUUUUUUCUUCUCCGUCCCUCACAAUAGGAAUUUUAGGAAAAAAAAAUUAUUUACUUUUUGAUUUUUCCAUUUUCCAUCUUAUAGCAAAAAGUUACUUGGAUUAUAUACAAUCAGAUAUAGCCCAAGCUAUGCAUAUAGUAUAUAGAUAUAGUCCAAAGCAGUGAACGCUGCACAUGCUGCACGUGUAAACAGCAUGGAGCAGCAGAGACAGCGUUUGUUCAUAGUGGUAUAUUAUCUGACUGAUAUAUCAGAUUAAACUGCACCUUGUCAGCAGUUUAGCUCAAUUAAAAAGAAGAGUUUUCACAAGACCAGAUCAUGUUCUUACCAUAUUGGAGUCUGUUUUACUGGACCAAAUAAAUGCUGGUGUAAAAACACCCUAAAUAACAGUUGGUAAGAAAGGUCAGUUGUUACUAAAUUGAAUUAAUAUGAAUUAAUUGAAUUAAAUAAGGCUUUUCAAAAGUUAUUCCCCUGACUACCAUGUACUGCAGUGUAUGGAAUUUAAUACUCUCGCCCUUUUGCACUAUUGCUUUUAAAGCUCUUUACAACUGGAAUUAUAAAGCUUCCAAAACCUUAGGGAAGCAGAAAAAUCAUCAACUGUGGAAGAGCAGGUACUCCAGGACCACUAAUAACCCCUCAUUUCAGCAGAGUUACCAUGUUUAUAAAGUGUUGGAAGAAACUCUAGGUACAUUUCUGUUGCAUCCAUAGUCUGUCCUUAGCACUUAGCACUUGUAUACGAGUUGAAUGGUUGGUACGACUGUAUGUAAACUGUCAUUUCUUUCACAUUAAUCGAGUAUUUUAGUUUAAAUUCAUUUUUGUAAUUGAGUAUUUCAGUGUUCUGGCAUGAGCCUUCACUUCACAGGUUUUUACACUACGAGUAAUGAUUUAAAAUGCACUACCAGUGAAAUCAUCUCCCAUUUUUAACAUUCCUAUUGACAUAUAAGAAGGUUAGGUCCAGAAAUAAACAAAAGGUCCUGAAAUAAACAAAAAAAAAAGACACUCUAAUGAAAAAAAACUUCAUUAUAUCUUCAUUGUUGUAUUAUUUUUGUAACUUUUGACAUAAUUUAAAUCUGAAUGUUUUUACAUUUUGUCCAAAUCUUACAACAAUGUGUGGACCAAUAAACGUUAGGGAUACAAGAUAUUUAUAUUUGUUUAAAUUUUUCUUUUAAACAUCAGUAUCGGAUGAUUUGGCCAAUAUUUCAAACCAAUAUUUGCUGACAUAUUUAUUCCACGUUGGAAAAGGACCAAAUAUUGCUGGCUGUGCUACUACAAUUGGCUAACACUGGCUGUGAUACAUUAAAAUCCAUUAAUUUAAGCUCAUUUUAAGUUAUUUUAAUUUGCUUUAAAGUUAUAAAGUUAUACGGGGUGUGUAGUCUCUCUGUAAGUUAUAGAUGCGUAUAUCAGCACUGACAUUUAGACAUUUUACACAGCGGAUUUAUACAUGAGUAAUAUCAGAUAUUGGCAUCUGCCCAAAAUUUACCACAUUGGUGAAGCCCUUAAAUAGAAAUGCCUCACAAUUAUUCAGAAUUGAAUCUUUUCCUAUUACAUUAAAACUUAAGUAAACUUUAUGUUUUAGUUUUAAAAAAAUAGCAUACACUACUAUUCAAAAGUUUUAAAACAACUCCAGUUUUUUGCAUUUUUAUUGACAUUUUAGAAAUGAAGGUCAAGUGAAUAACCUGAAAUAGCACAAUUAAGGAUGCACAAUAAUAUUGGAAUUAUAUCAGUGAUGGCUGAUAAUUGCUUUUUUUUUCUUAGAAAUAUUGUCAUCAGCCAAUUUGUCCAAUAUUUCAAACCGAUAUUUGCUGACGUAUGUAUUGUAUGCC